CAGUUGAAGCGUUGAAAGUAAUAUGGCCGACGUUCUAUUGGAGAACGACGUAGUUAGAUUUUUCGCGAUGUAAUUUGUUUGUCGACGUAUUAUUUGAUAUCGAUGAUUCUCGACGUUAAGCUCCUGAAAUUCAGGAAGUUCCUCUCUGCUACUUUAUUUGCGCCGUCGGGGGCUGCGCGCUCGGCGGCGCACGACUACGAAAUGUCGAUCAGGGCAGCCGCAGCUAGGCUGCUCCAUAAUGGUCGGCUACUGCUGCGCAGCGCCAGACCGAAUCAAAACAAUCGACAGACCGACGUCGUAGACGGUUUCGGCCUCAAUAUUUUGCCCAAGCGAGGGUCAGCAGCCGAAAAGGCCGUAGGAUCAAGCAGUCCCGCCCCCACUGGAGGUAGGGGUGCGUCUGUGGUGAGGAAUGUUGCUUAUAAAUUUCACCAGCACGCAAGACGCUUAUUUGUUGACAACGUACUUCGGCGAGUGACAAAUUCCCAGUCAGCAGAACUCCGUGAGAGAGCUACGAAGAGAUUACUGUAUGGAGAUUCAGCCCCCUUCUUCGCGCUGGUGGGCGUCAGUCUAGCAUCGGGAACAGGGAUUCUAACAAAGGAUGAUGAGCUGGAAGGCGUAUGCUGGGAGAUUCGAGAAGCCGUGUCGAAACUCCAGUGGUCCAUAUCGCAGCUGCAGAGUGGCUGUCAUCCCAAGGCAGAUCUGGACGUGUCUGAGUGUGUGAGUGGGCUGAAAGACCUGGACGUGGGGCCCAUGAUCGCUAAGGGCUGCAGUGCUGUCGUGUAUGCCGCGAAACUAAAGGAAACAGUGAGCGACACUGGUGAGGAACGCGAAAAAAGCAAAAUCGACAACGUCGUCCAGUUGCACGACAGUGGCAUUUCGCGGCUGGCGUUCCCCCUCGCCCUCAAGAUGAUGUUCAACUACGAUGCAGAGUCAAAUGCGUCUGCCAUCUUGCGAGCCAUGUACCGCGAGACAGUGCCAGCUCCACACCACCUCGUACUCAACUUGGACCUCGAAGGCGACAGCGAGUGGGCGACAGAGUUGGCCAGCCGUGUACGUCGCCUACCUCCACAUCCGAACAUUGUGGAAAUCCUGGGGCUAUUUGCAGACCGUGUGCCAUUUCUACCCGGCUCACUGGCUAUGUACCCGGAUGCCCUUCCAUCGAGGCUAAAUCCGGAGGGCUCGGGAAGGAACAUGAGUUUGUUCUUGCUUAUGAAAAGGUACGACACGAGCAUGAAGCAGUAUCUGGAGCAGCACAGCCCGUCAGUGAGGGAGGCGACGCUGCUGCUGACCCAGCUCCUGGAAGCCGUCACGCACAUGACUCGCCACGGAGUAGCACACAGGGACCUGAAGAGUGACAACCUGCUGCUGACACUGCUGGGUCCGGAGGAUGGGGAGGGGGCGGAGGAGGAGCCACCCUGCCCGCUGCUCGCCGUCACCGACUUCGGGUGCUGCCUGGCCGACGCCCACCACGGCCUGUCUAUGCCGUACCACUCUGCAGAGACGGACCGUGGCGGCAACACUGCACUCAUGGCACCAGAGGUGGCCUGCGCGAGGGUAGGCCCGUUCUCCAGCAUCUCGUACCGCAAGUCGGACGCGUGGGCGUGCGGCGCCCUGGCGUACGAGCUGUUCUGCGGUGGCCGCAAUCCCUUCUAUUCGAACUGGGCGCCGGUCGAGUCGGAAAGUGGCGGAGGAGGCGACGGAGGCGGAGGGGAGACCGCAAAGGAGCUGCCGGCGCUGAAGAGCCGCAGCUACCGCGAGGAGCAGCUGCCUCCGCUGCCGGCCAACGUUCCGCCCCUCGUCGCUGCCGUCGUAGCCGGCCUGCUCGUGCGCGCGCCCCACAAGAGACUGAGUGCCGAGAUGGCGGCGACGAUCCUGCAGCUGCACCUGUGGGCUCCCAGCAGCUGGCUGGGCGGUGGCGAGGAGGGCCCGCAGAAGCCGACCAGCAACGAGAUCCUGCAGUGGCUGCUGUGCCUGACGACAAAGGUGCUGUGCGAAGGCGGUCUGGGCCUGUGCGCCGUGGGCGGGCGGCGUACGCUGGCAGAGUACCGCCUCAUCUCGGCGCUGCUGUCGCGGGCCUCGCUGCACCAGAUCAAAGCCGCCCUCGUGUGGGCGGUCACUGCUGCAGUGCCCGAGCUGUACUAGCCGCACCAUGCACUUCUGACGGUGGAGCCGGAGACACUAGAGCUCGGAAUGUGGGUAUAUUGCUCGAGUUGGAGAUGUCGACCUGAAAAUUGUAAAAUUUUAAUCUGUAUCGGAUCGUGAAACAUACAGGACACCAGUUGCGGAAGCCUGUGUACUUAACUUUUGUACGACUCUAAUCAGCUGAUCGAAACCGUCAGCGUGGCAUUUAGUUGCACCUGACCACUCGCUGUGAAAUGCAGUAUGUCACAGUUACUGGCAGGUUCGUCCGUUGCCGAGUGAGUUGCGAUAUCUGCAGAUUCGAGCACACCGCUCGGAUAGGGUGAUCUCUGAGCUCUCGAGUAUGGAACACUUGCUAUUAGAGGCCAGCUGGCAGAAAAGCCUUUACAAAUAAGUUAAUUAUGUUUCUUAUGGCAUAUAAAAAGGGGCAGUAUGGGAAAGAUACGCAUUUUCAUAAAAAUAUUAAAAGACUAAAAAUUUAUAAUUUUAGGUGCUAAUAAAUUCUCACUUAUUAAAAUACUACGGGUUGCUAUGUUUAGGUCAAAUGAAGUUCUCAGAGAAACUGAACACUUCAGCCCUGUCUGCAAAGGACCUCUUCGAGGGUACCGAUUCCUACAACAGUCGGUACGAAGCCAGAGUACGAAUCGCACACUGAUAGAAGCUACAAACUACCCUCCAUCCCCUUAAAGAAGUUAAAUCCUCCACAGAUAGGGACAAAACAUUUCAUUUCUCCAGGAAAAUCAGCCCUGACACACUAACCUGGACUAAUUUAAGUGUAAUAUUUCUGGCCACAAAACUUUAGGUUUAAAACUGAUCAACUUUGUCAGGGAUUUCCAAAACACGUGGCCUGUGUUUGCACAUAUCCUCAUAAAUAUGCUUCAUAUUUUCAAAAACAAAGUAGCAUUUAUGUUCUUGUGAUUAGAUUUAUAUAUUUUUUAAUUUAUGACAUCAGUUGCAUACUCACUGUAACCCAGGAUGUUGUUUCUUAAUUGCGAUAUUUAUCGUAGCGUCAGCAGUGACAUCUGUAAUGGCUUACUGUUAUCAAAAACUGUAAAAUAUAACAUUGUGUUAAUACUGCAUGUUUAAUAUGAGAAAAACUGGCAAUUUUUAAUACACUCAAAACAAAUCAUACAGUGGAAAGUUAAGAAAAAGUGUAAUGACUUUAAAUUGGGUUUAAAUGUGAAUUCCAUUAGACUACAGCACAAUUGUCUGGAACAUUUUAUUAACUGUGUCAUGUCUGGCGGUGGAAGUUUACAUUUUACAGUUACAAAUUUGAUAUCUGUAUAGUUGUAUGUGACCAGCUGAAUCUGCUUUACACAGACAUUGUGCCCAACUGCACACUCGACACAGCAGAAUAAAUGUCACCACGAUCCUACAGCGACAUUCUCCCAGCCCUGUGGCCUGUGGUUUGUUGGGCAAUGGUUGCCUUGUGUUUGCUGUUCUAUUGCGUGCUGCUGAUUUCCUGUACUGAUGGGUUUUUUAAACUAAAAUGAACAUCCUGUACUGAUUGUUGUGGCUUACUUCAGAUUUUGUGUGCUUUUAUUCUGCUUUUUACAGAUGUCAGGACAUCUGUAAGAAAAGCUGAGCCUUCUAAGCAUGUCACUGAAGUAGCAAAAAGAACAGCUUGUAACGAGACUACCACAACCUUUGUCAUGAGCAAUGUUUCACUCUACCUACACAAAUCGAUACCUAACCCACAAUUAAGAUCCAGUAAUGAAUAAAAGUUCUACGUAUUAACACAAUUUACUGCCAAGUCACAGCCUGUAAAUGGAUUUCGGGUGUAAACCAUUCAUUAACAGAGGAUUGUGAGUUUAGAAUAGCUAAAUUUGCAAACAAAGUUGUGUUUAUGUAAAGUGUGGCAGAAGUUGGUAACCAUCACCUGAUGGCUGUAGAGUACAUACAAAUGCGUACCUCACAUAAAUUGAUAGCACGUGUGCUGAUCAUGGUAUUGUGGUAUCGUGCAACCGAUAAUUCAUCAAAUAUAAACAUUCGAUGUCGAAAGUUUCUCACUAGAGCACUGUAAAAGAAAUAGUCACUUAAACAGAGGAUUGGCCAAAGCAAAAUGGUUCUGACAACACACUGCCAGAAGGAAACUUUUCAGCAAGAUUGCGUAGAAAUGAAAUUUAUCUCCUUCUACAGUGUUCCAAAGUACUAUAACCUCGGGAAGUACCUACCGCUAUGCAUUAUUCUGUUAUUGAAUGAUUGGAAAAGCUUCUAGUUCCUGCAAUCCAUUCAAAAUUUUUAAGGACAUUUCGUCAUUUGUUUAUUCUGACAAAAAAUUAAUAGAACUGCAUAUAAUCAUACGUGCUCAAUAAUGAAGAACUGUUUUGCACUUAUGAUAUAUUUCAAGUCUGUAGUGCCGUGCUGCGUAGUGCCAAGAUAGCAGCGACAGCACUUGUCAUGUGCAGGCAGACACCCUCCAACCUCCAACCCCUGUUACAACUACGUAGUUAUAUUACCUUUUUCCUCCAUUGUCACUGUCUCAUUUUUCUUAUUCUUUACAUAACAUCCAUACCAGACAUAGCAUUAAUUACAAAAUUUCCACACAAAACAAUAUAAAAAUGUUACUGUGUGUGUGAGGUGUACAUGUGACAUAGAGUUGUUUAGUUACAAGCUGUCCAUGUUGUAGAAAUGGAGAUAGUCAUUUCUAUGUAACUUUUACUGUGUUUUUCAUCUUUACUGAAACUAUUAUCACCUUCUGUAUUGUGAUUUCCUUUUGCAGGGUGCUGUGUGGCUGUAGUUGUGCUUAAGAGCUUGAAAGUUAACACCAUUGCCCUGCUUCGAACUUCAGUUAACUUAUUUGUAUUGAUUGCUUUUGUUCCUUAGAUUCUAUCUGGUGAGAGUCUAUACAUGGCUGUGAAUAUUGUUAAUGUUAACUUUUUCCUCUCCAAAUGUAAGUUAUUAUAUAUAUGGAAUAGAAUCUGCAGGAGAAUUAGCCUCAAAGGGAGAACCUUGUGACUCCUUUUUCUUGUAAAUGUUGAGGAUCCACCGUUUUUAUUUAUCCCAUGUUGAAAUAAUGAAUUUGUUUCUCCAUCUCUGCCGUCAGAUUAUCAGAAGUGUGGAUUCUUUUGACUGUUUGGUGAUUGAUUAGCACACUUAUGUGACUUAUUGUAGAUAGUAUUAUUUGUGAUAUGAUUCCUCUUCAUAUUUUAAUUAUAUUAAUUUCAGUAUUUCAGAAAAUACAUGAGCUUUAGUAGCUGUUUUUUAGCUGAGAUCUGCUACUGUAAUUUCAUCAGUGUGUGUGUGUGUGUGUGUGUGUGUGUGUGUGUGUGUGUGU